ACCCGCACAAUGACGCGGAUUGGCUGCAGCAGCGUGUCAUGGAAAAUAAAUAAAUGAUUCUAAAAUAAAACAUAUCUGUCUCAACCCAUCAACAUCCUACGUAACAGUUAUAUGACUUUUUUGAUCUUGUAAAUUACGUACUUUAUUGAAGAGUAGCCUACUAAUGUCAGCGUCCAAUCGGGAGGCGGCUUGACGUCAUACAGCAGGACCAAACAAACCGCAUCCCGGAGCGUAAGCCUUGCAUCUCCGUCUCAUAACGCAGUGAUAGAAGAUAAGAUGGCCACCUCCUCCUCCAAUCUGGAAGAAGAUGAAAGUCUGAAAGGCUGCGAGGUGUUCGUGCAGAAACACAACAUACAGCAGAUCCUCAAAGAGUGCAUCGUCAACCUGUGCAUUGCCAAGCCCGAGCGGCCUGUGAAGUUCCUGCGGGAACACUUCGAGAAGCUGGAGAAGGAAGAAUGCAAGCAGAUCAUGGCCCGUCAGAAGUCCAACUCUCAGUCCGACUCUCACGAUGAUGAAGUGUCUCCUCCUCCUCCAAACCCGGUGGUGAAGGCCCGGUGCCGGAGAGGUGGGGUCAGCGCCGAGGUCUACACAGAGGAGGAUGCCGUCAGCUAUGUCAGAAAGGUCAUUCCAAAGGACUACAAGACAAUGACCGCCCUGGCCAAAGCCAUCUCUAAGAACGUGCUGUUUGCCCACCUGGAUGACAAUGAGAGAAGUGACAUAUUUGAUGCCAUGUUCCCGGUCACACACAUCGCCGGAGAGACAGUAAUCCAGCAAGGUGAUGAAGGAGACAACUUCUAUGUGAUUGAUCAAGGAGAAGUUGACGUGUAUGUAAACGGUGAAUGGGUGACUAGUAUUGGAGAGGGUGGCAGUUUUGGAGAGUUGGCCCUGAUAUACGGAACUCCUCGAGCUGCUACUGUGAAAGCCAAGACUGACCUGAAACUGUGGGGAAUAGACAGAGACAGCUACCGCCGCAUCCUCAUGGGAAGCACGUUGAGGAAGAGGAAGAUGUAUGAAGAGUUCCUCAGUAAGGUGUCUAUACUUGAAUCCCUUGAUAAGUGGGAGAGGUUGACUGUGGCCGAUGCCCUGGAGCCUGUGCAGUUUGAAGAUGGAGAGAAGAUCGUAGUGCAGGGAGAUCCUGGAGAUGAUUUCUUCAUUAUUACAGAGGGUACAGCAUCUGUUCUGCAGCGCAGGUCUGAUAAUGAGGAAUAUGUUGAAGUGGGCCGCCUGGGUCCAUCUGACUACUUCGGUGAGAUAGCGCUGCUACUGAACAGACCCCGUGCGGCCACUGUCGUGGCCAGAGGUCCGCUCAAGUGCGUGAAGCUGGACAGGCCACGUUUCGAGCGUGUCCUCGGGCCCUGCUCUGAGAUCCUCAAGAGGAACAUUCAGAGAUAUAACAGCUUCAUUUCCCUCACAGUCUAACCCAACCAUCUGACACUUGUCUAGACCUCUGUCAGGUUACUUGGGUGCCUGGUUGCAUAAAAUAAUGUGUGAGGUACUUCAUCAGUUUUGCUUAAAUCAUUAGCUUAACUCUAGUUGAGUUGCUCUGAACAGGGUCGACAGUAGAUAAUAAUAAAAAACAACUUAUUUUAUGCAGUCAAGCAUUCAGUUUUUUUUUAUUGCAAGAAGCACAAGUGCUCCACCUUUCUGCUUUUUUCCUUUAUGUGAUUUUCUUUUUCUUAUGUGCACUUUGAAUUGACCUAUGCUAUCACAAAGCUUUAUUUCUGCAGAUUAGGAGAGGAAAUGAGGUGCCUAAAUGGACUGAUAUGAAACAUCUUCAUGCGGCAUGUGUAAAUGUCCUACAAUACAUGAUGCAUGCAGACCAGAGAUGCAUUUUGUACACUUGCCAUUCAGCGUUGAACAGGAAGGUAAUAUUACAGAUGGUAUAAGUAUAUGAAUAUGUUUACAUAGAGGAAAGAAUUUUUUAACCUUUGCCUUUUAGCUGUGUUUAGCGUGCUGUGUUUUACCCCACGUGGGUCAGUUUGCCGUCUUGUUCGAGAGCUCUGACCCUCUGAUGCGAAAUCUGUUUAUUGAAAAGCGUUUUUUUGCUGUUCUAUAGUGAUAUUUUCUUCUUGGCUGUUCCAUCCCUUAACCUUCUCUGAGUUGUGCUUCUGCAGCUGGAAUUAAUGGGAAGGGGUUUGUUACAUUUUAAGACACAAGUUUUAAUAGAGGACAGCUAUAAAAGGGGUUUUCAUGGGAGUCUCGCUGAAGUCUUAAUGUGUUGUAAGAGUUAAAUCUGUAUGCUGUUGCUUUUCUUUUAUUCUUUACAAUGCAAUUGUAUUACACACAAAUGCACAUCCACACACAUGCUCUUACAUCCUGAGGCCAUGACAAGUUUGGGUGAAUCUCAUGAAACCUGUCAAGAACAUUUCCAGGUCGUAUUUCACCCCGAUUCCCCAAAACACACACACACACACACACACACAUCAUAGGCUUCAUAUGCAUAUGUACCAUAUUUACUGUAUGAAGCUUAUUUUUAGGACCAUUGAGAUUUGGAGUAGUAUUUUUUUGUACUAACUUUAAUUUAUGCUGAUUUAAA